AUGAAGCCCAACCCAGCAGGCUCCUCCCCAGAAGCCUGCAAAGCUGCAGGCCAAGCAUUGCAGCAGAAGACUCAAUCCACACCUGUGCAGGCCCCGAGACAGAAGGUUCUGGUGACUGGAGGAGGAGGCUACCUGGGCUUUAGCCUGGGCUCCAGCCUGGCCAAGAGUGGCACUUCUGUCAUCCUGCUUGACCUCCGCAGACCCCAGUGGGAGCUGGUCCCAGGGACUGAGUUCAUCCAGGCUGACGUCCGAGAUGAGGAAGCCCUGCUCCGUGCCUUCGAAGGGGUGGACUGUGUCUUCCACGUGGCCUCCCAUGGAAUGUCUGGCGCCGAGAAGCUUCAAAAAGAGCAGAUUGAGUCUAUAAAUGUCGGUGGCACCAAACUGGUGAUCGAUGUUUGUGUCCGCCGGCGAGUUCCAAGGCUCGUCUACACCAGCACCGUCAACGUCGCUUUCGGCGGGAAGCCCAUCGAGCAGGGCGAUGAGGACUCGGUGCCGUACUUCCCGCUGGAGAAGCACAUGGACCACUACUCCCGGACCAAAGCCAUUGCCGACCAGUUGACCCUCACGGCCAACGGCACGCCUCUCCCAGGAGGAGGCACUCUCCGGACCUGUGUACUCCGGCCCCCGGGGAUCUACGGCCCUGAAGAGCAGAGGCACCUGCCCCGUGUGGCGAGCCACAUCAAGAAGAGGCUGUUCAUGUUCCGAUUCGGGGACCGCAGGACCAGGAUGAACUGGGUCCACGUGCACAACCUGGUGCAGGCACACGUGCUGGCGGCCGAGGCCCUCACUGCGGCCAAGGGCUACGUGGCCAGCGGGCAAGCCUACUACAUCAAUGACGGGGAGAGCGUCAACCUGUUUGAGUGGAUGGCUCCGCUGUUUGAGAAGCUGGGGUACAGCCAGCCCUGGAUCCAGGUACCUACCUCCUGGGUUUACCUGACAGCCACGGUGAUGGAGUACCUGCACCUGGCCCUGAGGCCCAUCUGCAGCGUCCCGCCGCUGCUCACCCGGAGUGAGGUAACGUGGGCCGUCACGCACACCUUCCGGAUCGGCAGGGCCCGCGCCCAGCUGGGCUACGCUCCGGACAAGUUCAACUUCGCGGACGCCGUGGAGCGAUACGUGCAGACCACGGCCCGGCGGCCCCGCGGCGCCAGGGCGCGGGCGCUCCUGCGGCUGCUGCUCGGGCUGCUGCUGCUCCUCGGCCUGCUCGCCGCGGCGCUGCACUUCCUUCGCCUGCAGCCGUCCGCGGUCUGA